GCCAUAAUGUAUCCGCUGAGCUUCCGGUGGACUCGGCGUCGGGGACCGCACAUCAUCCUAGCCAUCUGGGUGGUGGCAGGUAUGCUGUCCAGUGUGCAGCUUGUCUACGGUCGAGCCAAAGAGUUCACCUGGGCAGAGGAAAUCUACUACGACUGCACCGAGGACUGGGAGGCCAACGCUGGCAAGGUGUACACGGCUGUGAUAUUCACGGUGACGUUCCUGACCCCGAUGCUGGCACUGACAUUUACCUACUCUUCCAUCGGUUGGAAGAUGUGGCGUCACACUUCUCCGGGAAACGCAGAUGCUCAGAGAGACCAGCAGCAGCUCUCGGCAAAAAUGAAGGUGGUGAAGAUGCUGGUUACAGUUGUGUUGAUGUUCGCUGUGUGCUGGCUGCCAAUUCACAUGAUGAACCUGGUCGUGUACUUUGACCGCGACGCUAUGCUUCCGGACACCACCGAACAAGAGUACCUGUACAUCGCGGCCUUCUUUUCCUGCCACUGGUUCUCAAUGGCCAACAGUUUCGUCAAUCCCAUCAUCUACUGCUUCAUGAGUGACAACUUCAGAGUGGACCUUCGGCAACUCGUCGUCGGUUGUUGUCCGUUGCUGGCCAUGCGUUCAGGUGGCCGAUCUCUUGGAAAACGUAGCUCAUACGGUGGCGGCGGUUCUCUUCCCAGCAGCACCAUGAUGCUUUCGAGCACUACUUCGAGUCAUCACCACCAGCACCACCAGCGCUGCAAUGGAUUCUACACGCAUUCGCCCACAUCGGUCGUGGCACUGAAGACGCUCGGAGACUGCGUUGCCGGCGAGGCCACCACGCUGCGCCUCCCCGUCUACGAGUAAAAAAGCACUUGCGUAAUCGGCUAACUUAAUCCUCAGUGGCACCGGGCUCGCUUUAAUUGAAGAACUCUGAUUCGUAACCCGGAAAUCGGUUCAAAAACUAGAAAAGCAUCCCUACGCAUGAGUCUCAUUUUCCAGAGUCGUGGCGAUGGCUUACUGAAACGACCUCGACAGGCGUGCCCUGCUGAAUGAAGAUCUCUACCAAAUAUUUUCAAGGAAGCUCUAGUUUGCGGCACGGUAACGUAUGCGACGCCGGUAAAAUGAAUACUGACGUGCGUUUUGCUAUACAGUGGGCCAGAACUCACAGAUGUGCCACAUUCUGGUGAAAAACAAUUUCGCGUGGCGAAUCUGCGUACCAGAAGUAUAUAAGCAUAUGUCUUGGAGCCGGGGCGACGGUUCUCAAUUUGACAUGGUAACUGCAAGCAUGAAUCUGUCAUGGUGAAUUUAACAGCAAUUGCAAGAUGUAAUUAUGUUGACUUCGCUUCAACUCAUCAUCAAACAUUGAAACAACAUGAUAGAAACCCCGUUUUGUAUCAAAUGGGUGUAAUAUCUUCAUAAAUGUGUGGUGCAUUGUCGGGUGAUGAGGUGCUACCGCCUUGAUAAGUGUUAUCACUCUACUGGCUGUACUUGGUGUCAAGUUUCUCUCCAAGACUGUUGAUUAUCAGCAGCUGUCCGAGGGACAAUCAAGGUAGACUUGUGUUGUUCUGAUAAUUUGAGGGCUGCUGUCGUGGUCACAUCGUUCCUUCAAAUGUCAGGAACAUGUUUAACUUCAUUUAAAAAAAACUAAAACUCCACGCAGCCUUUUGUGUUUUCUUGCUUUGCGGUCAGAUAUGCUGCGGCAAUUACUAGACAUGUUAUUGCAUGGUCAAAAAGGUUUGUAUUAACAAGGUAGUGUUAUGCAAAAACACUACCAUUACCAUUUAUGGCUCAUUACGCAACGUGGGUUUGUAACAGAAUGAUUGCGUACCGUGAAGAGAUACUAAUAUCCGCAAAGAAAGCAAUGUUUCACUGAAUUUCUGCAUAUUUUUCAUUUUUGUUCUUUGAUAUCGCGAGCCAAAUCUUACAAGUAGUGUGGCUUGCAAUGUCAACACUGUAUCUGUACAUAAAGGCAAUUAAUAUACCACAUAUCAAAACAGAUAAACUUAUUGUGUAAA